AUGAUUCAAGAAGUAUUCAGUAUUCAGGAAGAACUUCUUGUAGAUCCACCAAAAUCCCAAUUUGAAGUGGUUAAACUUGUCCUUCGCGCGAUCGUUAACGUUUGUAAUAGUGAAUUAUUGCAUUUGGGAACUUUUUUGUUCAUCAGCAAAACGGGUGUCUGCAAGAAGUGUCUUUUUGGAACAGCUGGAGAACACUGCGAGAAGUGUCUUCCAGGCUAUCGUCGUAAUGUGAAGAAAGCUGACGGCGAAGGAGCGGCGGGCACUGGCGUUUCUAUUGAGACAGGCGAGACGGAGAUGACAACCUAUGCUCGUGGCUGUCAGCCCUGCUACUGUGACCCACUUGGCACGCAGGCGAUGUCUGGAGGUGUUGGUGGUUUGGGUGAGUGCGAUGAGGAGACUGGCCAAUGCCCAUGCAAGCCCGGUGUCACUGGACUUCGUUGUGAUCGAUGCCGUGAUGGAUUCUAUGGUUUCGAAUCUGGAAAGGAUGUCGAUAAUCAGGGUCAAUGGUCUCUCCACUCCUCAAGCUCCAUGCCUAAUAUAAUUAUCAUCAUCGACAUCACCACCACUGCCACCUUCCACUUUAGUGACAUGCCAUACCAUCGCCAUCAUGACAUCCCCUUUCUGUGCCUCUCUUACCCUCUGCGCGCGCAUUUUAAUACAAUUAUAAUUUGUUUUAAUUUGCCCCAGGGUUGUACAGCAUGCGAGUGCAGUCCUAAAGGCUCGAAAUCGGAGACUUGCGAUUCCUACAAUGGAAAUUGUUUCUGUCUGCCCUUCGCAAUGGGUAGAAUGUGUGACGAGUGUCAAGCCGGCUACUUCAAUCUCACCACAGGCAUCGGCUGCCAGGACUGUGGCUGCCACCCCUAUGGAUCCCUUCAUCGACAAUGCAAUCCAGAGGGCCAAUGUCCUUGUCGUUCCUUUGCAAGUGGGAAAAAAUGUGAUCAAUGCGAGGAAAAUCGAUAUGAUCUCAGUGCGGGCUGUCUACCAUGCCCUCCCUGUUACAAUCUGGUGCAGAAACACGUCAAUGACCUUCGAAAGAAAUUGGGCGACAUGUUCGGCAGUGGUCCCAGCCCUGAUGCUAGCAACAAUUCCACUGAACUCUACGAUCAGAUUAAGAUGCUUAAUCAAACCAUACAAGACGCCUACAAAGCUGCUCUGCAAAACAGUCUAGUUGGAUCCGCUAUCACCAACGCCGAACAAUUGGAAAGUACCUUCAAUGAUUUGCUCGGUAGAGCUAAAGAGCUAACUAAGGAACUGGAUCGGUAUAUUUCGCACAAGCCUGCUUGUAUGCGUCCAGAUCUCCCUCAAAGAUUAGAUACCUUGAGAGGUGAUUUAGAUAAAUUGGGUAAUCGGAUCCAAACUGAGGGUCAGAAGGAGUUGGCCAACUUUGAGGCGAAGGUGACUGCUUCCGGAAAUCGGGACGGUACUCUCACUGAACAAGCACGAAAUGCUACUGAAACAAUUAAAGAAUUGCAGGAAGAUGCUUCAAUUUUGCGCGAAACGGUGCAAGAUAUCGACACCACCCUCCGCACUAUUGAAUUUGAUGCGGAGAAGUUGGCACAGAACACUCACGCAGCAUUCCAACGACUUAACUUGCAAUUGAAUAGAUUGAAGGAUGUUAUGGCAAUGCAGAAGGGUUCACUCAAGGAGAAGAUUGACACUGUUCAAUUCUUAACUUUGGAACAGCGACAGCGUUUGUCGAAGCUGUUUGAUGCUCUAGCGAAAGUUCCUGAUGUUAGUGCUGAACAUGUUAAGCUGGAGAAUGCAUUUGGCGACUGGACGGAAGCUCUUAAUAAGCUCCGAGGAAUCGAUUCUGGUGCUGGUUCAAAUGAUCUCUUGAAAGCAUUUUGUAUUAAAUCUGUAAUGCUGAAGUCUCUCGAAUUGCAGAAGAUGUUCGAGGAGGAAUCGAAGGCAAUGGAGGGUCAGCUGGAUGAGUUGCGGCAGGGUCGAGAUCGUCUUAGAGCUGCUCUUGCGAGGCAGGCUCAAUUUGCCGACAGAAAGGUCAAGGUCAUCGAGCGUUUGGAACAAUUGCUCAACAAAUCCGAGACGGCAGUUCAAACCGCUCAGAAGUCCGUAGAUGAUGCAAAGCAAUCCAUUAAGGAUCUGCAAGAUUUCGACGCCUAUAUUGAUCAAACUAAGCAGGAAUUGGAGUCUAUGGAUGACAUCAAGAAGCAGAUCAGUGAAGAUCUCGAUAAAAUCGAUAAGCAGGUGCAGGGUAUCCACGUUCAAAUCGACGACGCUCUCAGCGCUGCUCAAGUUCUCCAGACCACAGUGGCCUCCUACAGCGAUGAAAUCAAGAAAUUGAAGGAGGAUAAACGAAUUAGAAAAUCGGCCGUUCUCAUCUUGUACAUGCGCAUCAUCUCAUGUUUUCUCUUAGCUAAUACCAGUCCUGACGAGACGCCUGAAGGCGAUGGAGCGGCUCGUUUUAAGGAGAUCAAGGAGGAAGCCGAUCGAAUGAAGAUCGACGAACGCAUCGAAUACCUUCGCAAGAUCAACCGAUCUCGCGUCAAUGAAAUGGAAUACAUGCGAGACUACGAGUUGAAGGAGUUCGCUGCCAACACCAAGCACCUCACUAGAAUUCUCGAUCUUCUUCCACUUCUCAACCAUCAGCGAUGCUUCUACUCUGGCAAGAACAUCGAAGGUAGCCGACGACGCAAGAAACGAUCGCUUGACAACAACUCAACCACCGAUGAUGCCUCCUUUGAAUUGCCUCCUCUGGAAGUGGGCACAACUUCAAUCCUCUCAUUCCUUUAA